AUGUCCCUCGUCGUCACUGAACAAGGCAACUUCCAGCACAUUCUUCGACUCCUCAACACUAACGUUGACGGCCGAAUCAAGGUCAUGUACGCCAUGUGCAAGAUCAAGGGUGUUGGUCGACGAUACGCCAACCUGGUCUGCAAGAAGGCCGAUGUCGAUCUCUCCAAGCGAGCCGGUGAGCUCACCGUCGAGGAGCUCGAGCGAAUCGUUACUAUCAUCCAGAACCCUGGUCAGUACAAGAUUCCCGGCUGGUUCCUUAACAGACAGCGAGACUUUACCGACGGUAAGGACUCCCAGCUGCUCGUUAACCAGCUUGAUGUCAAGCUGCGAGACGAUAUUGAGCGACUCAAGAAGAUCCGAGCCCACCGAGGUCUCCGACACUACUGGGGCUACAAGGUCCGAGGUCAGCACACCAAGACUACCACUCGAAAGGGUAAGAUCAUGGCUCACCGAGGUUAA